AUGUGUCAUGUGCUGGAGGUCCCACCUGCUCCCCUGUCAGGCCGGGGGCACUCCCUGAUGUCUGCAGAGUCUGAGGAGGAACAGAGCAAUGUUGAGACCGAUGUUGACAAGAGCAAUGUCCCGGUGCUCACGGCGGAGGGAGAAAGUGCUGACGCCGACUCUGGUCCCGGGAUUCUGCUGACGCCUCUCGACUGUCGCACCAACAAAUCUCAACAAAGAAGUGAAAAGCUGCAGAUAAAGGCUCAGCUCUGCUUUGUGCCCGAGGGGAGGGGGGGGGGACUUGGACGGACCCAGACUGACCAGGACUUGGACGGACCCAGACCUGAUCAGGAUUCUGCGUUCCAAGCGGGUGACCUCCAACCAAAGCAGAUUGAUGCAGAGGAGAGAGCGUCCGGAGAAUCAUUCAGACGACGGAGAAUGGAAAGACGCCGCAGACAAGGCCCUCUUUCUCUGGGAGCAUUCCACCUGUGGGAGGGGCCUCGGCCUCAGUUGGGAGGGGCCUCGGCUUCAGUUGGGAGGGGCCUCGGCUUCAGUUGGGAAGGGCCUCGGCCUCAGUUGGGAGGGGCCUCGGCUUCAGUUGGGAGGGGCCUCGGCUUCAGUUGGGAGGGGCCUCGGCCUCAGUUGGGAGGGGCCUCGGCCUCAGUUGGGAGGGGCCUCGGCUUCAGUUGGGAGGGGCCUCGGCCUCAGUUGGGAGGGGCCUCGGCUUCAGUUGGGAGGGGCCUCGGCUUCAGUUGGGAGGGGCCUCGGCUUCAGUUGGGAGGGGCCUCGGCCUCAGUUGGGAGGGGCCUCGGCCUCAGUUGGGAGGGGCCUCGGCUUCAGUUGGGAGGGGCCUCGGCCUCAGUUGGGAGGGGCCUCGGCCUCAGUUGGGAGGGGCCUCGGCCUCAGUUGGGAGGGGCCUCGGCUUCACUUGUCCUUGACCGGCUGCAGACUCUUUAUGGACUGUAG